AUGACAUCGACCUCCGCCUACGAUCCCCCCGCAGGCUACGGCCUCCGCCGCAACGGCACCUGUCUCGCGACCGAAGAAACCUGCGCCAACCCCUACGACGACUGGCACAACUGCUGUCCCGAGGGGACAUACUGCAACGACGACAACACGUGCUGCCCGACGAGCUCGAACUGCGCGGCGUUCAUCGAGGCGGACCCGCACUGCGCGAAUAACGUUACCUGGGAUCUAUACGAUAGUAACGGCUAUUUCUGCUGCCUGAGUAGCUCGUAUGGGUUCACGCGGAAUGAUCUGGUGUACAAUGGGACGAGGACGGGGGGAGUCGGGUGUGCGGACGGUUUGCCGGAUGGGGAGAGUUUGACGGCGAUUCCGCCGGUUGCCAGGGGUGUUGGGAGCGAGUCCGCUACACCGACGCCGACGCCUUCACCCGCGGACACGGACACCGCUACGACAACGCCGACACCAUCGGACGCAGACGCAGACGCAGACGCAGAAACUACAUCUUCAUCCUCAUCAACGAAUACGGGCGCAAUCGCAGGAGGAGUCGUCGGCGGCGUCGCGGGCCUGGCGGUGAUUCUUGCGCUGAUAUGGUUCAUCAUGCGACGACGACGACAGCGGAUUGCGCAGGGUGCGCUCGUCACGCCCGCGGACUCCGCGAGCACGGCGGCAAAGGAGUACUCGGGUAUCCAGCAGGCGGAGCUGGACGACAAUACGUAUCGGGCAGAGUUGUAUGGGAAUCAUAAUGCAAUGGCGCAUGAGUUACCUGCGAAUGGGCGGUGA